CCCGAAAUUGGAGAUUAGUUGGGCCACAUAAGCGUGCUCAGCACACACGCAGGUUGAGGAACUGGAUCAUUUUUCCCACUGAGAAGCAGUCAGGUCAGGGCAUCAGUUUGGAAGUUGAAGAUAUUCCUCAAGUCCGAAACGAAGUCAGAUGCGGACACAGUUUACAUGGAGACACCCGUAGAGGACAAGUUCAUCGCCACAGAAAGUUUAGUGGGAGCGAAAUUAGAUUUACUUGAUGUUGGAACAAAUCAAGAACCAAAUGAGGGUAUGUCAUUUGAAUCAGAUGAAGCUGCCAGAGCAUUCUAUGAUGAAUAUGCCAGGCGGAUAGGAUUCUUAACUCGAAUCGUAUCAUCUCGUAAGUCAGAGCGUGAUGGAUCAGUUAUAUCCCGUCGACUGGCCUGUAACAAGGAAGGAUAUAAUCGUAACAAUCGAAAGACUGGGCCAUGCCGAAUUCGAAAGCGAGAGAGCCACAGGGAAGGUUGUAUGGCAAUGGUUCUCUUGAAAAGAGAGAAGCUUGGGGAAUGGGUUGUGACAAAAUUUGUUAGGGAACACAAUCAUCCACUGGAAGUUUCUUCGGAAAAAUGGCAUCCAAAUCCAGAACCAUUUAAUGUAGCUGUCAUCGCUGGAAAAAAGAGGUUGGAACCUUGGUUGGGCUGCUUGGUCUGUCUUAAAGGACGACAUCCUACUCCAUUUGGCAUACUCCCGAAAAAACGUGUGUCCCUCAUUCUCUGAAAUUUGCUUAUUUUGUAAAAUACCUCACUCUUCUGUUCAACUUUAACCCUCUCUCUUGGUGGCAACUCAGUUUUUUUUCUUCUCUAUUUCGUAGCCUUUGAUUUCUUUGUGCAAAAAUCUAGCAUGGUUCGUACAAAUUGUGUCUUCAAUGUAGUAGAAGUCCUUUCUUUAUUUACGGUUUGAGAAGUCUAAAGUAGUUUUUCUAUGCUAUGGAAGAAGCCAACAAGGUGAUGAUUAUUGUAAGUGAGAAUUUUCUAAAAUAUUUGUAAAGUUUAACCAUUUUGAUCCCACUGUUGUCGAAAGUUCUCAAACCUACCACUAUUUUCAAUCUUAUUCCUAUAAAUUCCCUUAUAUUGGAAUAGCAUUCAAGAAAUUGGGAAUCAAAUAUCAACAAACAUUGAUGGGAAGAAGUUGGAGAAGUAGUCAUGUCCUAGGAUUUCUUACACAUCUUAGAAAAAGAUACUAAAAAGCAAAACAGACCAAAACCACCUAUGACAUUUGGAUUUUGACAACAUUUGAACAACCCUUGGGCUACAUUUUUGCCCUAGUUUUUUUGAGGUCAGAGCCUAUUCCUUUCGAUUCUUAAUAUUUGUGCAAUCAUGGUAAAUGCAUAUAGAAAGUGUUUUUUCCUUCGGCUAAGUUUUGCAUAUCUUGACAUGUCGAAUCACCUGAUAUUGAGAUUGCUAAAACACAGGUUGAUCAGGAAAAGACUAAUGGAAUCCCCUUAUUCUAUGAAACCUUAUGGAAGUCCGAAGUUUAGAAAACCCUAAUUCUUUUGAUCUGAUUUGGUUGGUUUAUGAAGGACAUAUCUUAUUAUACUUGUCUGAGGCUUGUAUAAGGUCGCUUUCAAGUCAUUAUUCAUGCACUUCUUGUUCCUUCUUACUUGUUUAUUGCCCCUUCUUUUUAUCUUUUUCUUGUCAAACUCUGUUUUUUCCGUUAACCAGUCAUUAUUUUAUCUGUGUGGAAUGGUGCGAUUUAAUUUAUCGGCUGUCUAGAGCAAUGCUAUGCGCACACGUCGAAGCUGUGCACAUAAUUAAGGCUGUGCACAACAGACUUUCCUUUCUGUCUUAUGGUCAU